AUGUUGGCAGCGCUGGUUACUACACUGAUCUGUUUUAUACUACAAAGCUCUCUGGCCCAUGGGAGGGUGUGCUGGGAGGAAAGCAUGGCACCUAAGGGAAGGAACAGCAGCUGCGUAGCUCCACAGCCUUUUCUAAUCUUUGGCCAUGGCAAAGCAAUCCACAGACUGGACUUGGACGGUAAGAGACAGAGGCGGCUGGUGGCUGGAGUGGGCUCUUCCAUCAUCAUAGACUUUGAUUACAGAGAGGAAAGUGUGUACUGGGCAGACAGGCACUCCGGGCACAUCUACAAAGCACAGCUGGGAGCGCACAAGCAGAAAGUGUUUUCCUCAGACAAACAUAUUUCAGGCCUUGCAGUGGACUGGCUCUGGAACAGCAUCUACUGGACCAGCAGUGAGAAGGGCAAAAUACGGAGAAUCGAUAAGAAUGGAAAAAACGAAAAGACCAUAUUACGGCAUCUGUCACAGCCGUCUUCAAUAGCGGUUGACCCCACCAAGAGGUUUCUCUUUUGGCUGAGCGGUGGAUCAAGCGCCAGUAUUCAGCGUGCUGAUCUCACAGGUCACAUGAAAACCACUGUUAUCAAAAUAAAUGGACAACUCAAAGCGCUGUCUGUGGAUCACAAAGACAAAAGACUGUUCUGGGUCCAGUUUGGUCCACAUGAACAAAGUGCAUUCGGCUCCUGUGACUACAAUGGGAAGGUUGUACACAUCACUGACCACCAGCUUCGUUCUUUCUCUCUAGGAGUCUCAAUAUUUAAGAACAGCUUAUAUUACAAUGACUUUGAAGCUCACGAUAUAAGAAGAGUUAACAAAUAUGGAGGAGAAUAUGAGAGGGUGAACAGAAAAACUCUUGCCAAACCUCCAGUGGACCUCAAAGUCGUCCAAAAACAACCCAGAGAAGACUCGACAGUUCAGUUUUCAAGUUGUGAUAAACUGAGUGGGAACUGUGUGAAUGUAUGUUCCAGUCCAUCUGAGGACGAGGUCUGUCAGUGCAGUGACGGAUUUGUCCUCAGUAAACAUGGCACCUAUUGUGAAGAUGUAAAUGAGUGUGCCCACUGGAACCACGGCUGCUCUCUUGGCUGUGAGAACGUCCCAGGAUCUUAUUUCUGUACCUGUCCUAAAGGAUACACCCUCCUACCAGACAAGAAGUCAUGCCAAGAGAUCAUAGAGUGUGACAGCAGCAGACAGUGUGGGAGUGGCUGUCUGGAGGUAGGAGGCAGGGUGGAGUGUGUGUGUCCAGAGGGUUCUGUGCUGCAGGAGGAUGGACAGGCCUGCACUGGCUGCUCGUCUGCAGACAGAGGCGGCUGCAGUCAGUUGUGCUCUCCUCUGAACUCCAGCGUGAGCUCUGGGCUGUGGCAGUGUGGCUGUGUGCCUGGAUAUGAGCUACAUCAGGACAGGAGACAGUGCACUGCAGUGGGCCCACCUCCUCUGCUGCUUGUUGCCACUUUAGUGGAUGUGCGGAGGAUCCAUCCUGAUGGAGCAGGAGAGGAGGUGCUGCUGUCAGAGACCACAGGGAGAAUCACAGCUCUGGACUAUGACCCAGUCCACAAGGAGAUAUACUACACGAGCACAAGCCGGAGGAGCAUAGAGCGUGUGAGUGUUGAGGACAGCUCCAGACACACUGUGCUGUCUGAGGGAGUGGAGUCAGUACAAGGUCUGACCAUAGACUGGCUCCAGCGCAUCCUCUACUGGACUGAACAGAGCCAAUCCACAAUAGAGUGCAGUUUGCUGACCGGACUGAGAAGAGAAACAGUCGUAAGUGAGGGGCUCCAAAAACCAAAAGCCAUUGCAGUUCAUCCUUUAGUGAAGAGAUUAUUCUGGACAGACGUAGGCUCAAGGCCCGUGGUGGAGAGUGUCUCUUUAGACGGAGGAGGGCGUGCGGUCGUGGUCAGAACUAACCUUAUCUCUCCCAGUGCCCUGAGCUUAGACUUCCCAGAGGAGCGGCUGUGGUGGGCGGACAGCGGCACGGGGCUGGUGGAGAGCGCUCGGCUGGACGGGUCACUGCGACGCACCCUGUCAGAGAAACAAGUAGCUCAAGUGUUUGGCCUGGCAGUGUGGGAGGAGCAGCUGUGGGUGUCUGAGCAGGAGCAGCAUCAGCUCAGGAGCUUCCACAAACGCACUGGAAAGGAGCUGGAGCGUCUCCAUAGCAACAUGGUACAACCGGCGAACAUCGUGGUGUUUCAUCCCGUCGCAAAACCAGGAGCAGACGUGUGCCUUCAUAAGAAUGGAGGAUGUGCUCAGCUGUGUGAGAGCAAACUGGGGACGGCUCUCUGCUCCUGUCUGCCCCACUACACUCUGUCUGCAGAUGGGACCAACUGCCACCAGGGGGAGACAGCCAACAAUAUGACAGAGAGCGUCGAUUUAGACUCCAGCACUGGCACUACGAGCAGCCUCUCAGACAAGAUGGUGGCAGAUGAGCACGAGUGUUCCUCCCUCCACUGUGAUGCCAAUGCCCAGUGUGUGCAGACAGCAGGGGGCAGUGUUUGUGUGUGCGCAGAGGGCUUCACAGGAGACGGGCGCCUGUGUCUGGACAUAGAUGAGUGUGAGGCUGCAGUGAACUUAUGUGAUCCAAAUGCACACUGUGUGAACACUGAGGGCAGUCUGCUCUGUCGCUGUCACGCAGGAUUUGAAGGGGAUGCGGUAGCAACAGUCCCUCCUGUGGUCACCAACAUGACUCCAGGACAUCGCAACAACACUGUGGUUGAGAAGUGUCCGUCAACUCACGAGUCCUAUUGUCUGUACCAGGGAGUCUGCUUCUACUUCCCAGACAUGGACUCCUACGCGUGCAACUGCGUGUCGGGCUACAUGGGCGAGCGCUGUCAGUUCAGUGACCUGGAGUGGUGGGAGCUGCAGCAGGCCGAGGAGCAGAAGAAGAGGAACGUCACUAUAGCGGGCUGCAUGGUGGGCCUCAUCUCCCUUCUCUCCAUCGCUGCCUGCGUCACCUACUGCUACGGAACUCGGAAGUGUUUUGCGAAGAAGCUCCCAGACGACGGCAUGAGCGAGACCAGCGAGACGGUGGAGAGCAUGUCUGUGACCACCACUUCCAGUAUGCCACCGGUGACAACUCAGAAGACUCCGAAUUAUAUGCAAAACACAACAGAGGCUAUGAAUGCUCCAUACUGUCUACCGUCGCCAUGGAAACUGACCACAUCCCUGUCCGUCAAUCAAGUCCAGCGUCAACCUUCACGACGUUCAAGCCUCACCAGAAACCACACAGCCCAGAGCCCCCUGCAGCCUCCUAGCUACAAAUGA